CGAACUUUCCAGUUCAAUUACCAACAGAACAAAUCUAUAAAUGUAUUGAUCUCCCUCGUUUCUUCUCCAAAGGGUUUCUCAUCAUUUUCGAACAUCUAAACUCAAUAACUUCACAACAAACAAACUCAUAAACUCAAGUAUCACCAAGUAUACAAAUACAUCAUGUCAACUCAAGCAGCUCUCGGCGCUGCGGCCAUCGACAGGAAAGAUUACCCCGCGGCCAUCGAAUACUUGACCAAAGCCCUCGCCGAAAGUCCUACAUCUCCAAACUACCUCAUAUCCAGAUCCAUAGCCAACCAACGUGCUAAGAAUUACGAAGCAUCACUCGCAGAUGCUGAUGCCGCCGUCCAUGCAGCUAUCGCUCGUUCUCGUCGCGAACUCAUCGGUACCGCUCAAUUUCGUCGCGCAGUCGCUCUUCAUGGUCUUGGCAGAUAUGGAGAUGCAAGAUUAUGCUUGGCUUGGUGCAUGCAGAAAAACCCAAAAGAAAAGGCUCUGACUAUGUGGCAGGCUAAGGUCAAGAUAGAUUACGAAAAUGCGGGUGGUAAGGAAGCGGAAUGUAAUAAGCGUACUGUGAAGGAAGUUCCUGACAAGGAGGUUGCUGUCAAUUCGUCGUUAAAAGAUUCCAAGGGCAAAGGUGUAGAGGGUUCUUCAAGAGCUCCAGCCACCGCCCCUGCAGUAACUGCAAAGGAGAAUAUUAGACAAGAAUGGAUUCAAUCCAACUCGAAAGUUACAAUCACUAUUUAUGCUAAGGGUGUCGCGAAAGAUACUGCACAAAUUAAUAUCGAAGAAGGACAGGUUGAAGUUUCAUUCCCAAUCGGACAAACUGGCAACACAUACGAUUUCACUGCCUCGCCACUUUUCGCUCAAAUUGAUCCCUCGCAGAGCAAGUUCAAUAUUACUCCCUUUAAAAUCGAAAUCGAAUUAUACAAGAUCAAGCAAGGACUUAAGUGGUCUAAAUUAGAAGGAACCGAGCCCAUCAUUAGCACAUCCACUGAGGAAAAGAAGCCCGAAAUCCCCGCUGCAGUCUUAAAUUCCUCCGCCGAGAAGGCCCCCUCUUACCCAACCUCCUCUCGCAAUGGUCCAAAGGAUUGGGAUGCCCUCGCCUCAUCUGCUCUCAAAUCUGAAAAGAAAGCAGGAGAAAAGGAUGCAGGCGGAGAUAGUGAUGGAGAAGGCGGUGAUCCUAUGGAUUCUUUCUUCAAGAAACUUUAUAAAGAUGCAGAUCCAGAUACUAAGAGAGCUAUGAUGAAGAGUUUCCAAGAAAGUAAUGGCACUGCUUUGAGUACAAAUUGGUCGGAUGUUAAGAAAGCUCCGGUCAAGACUCAACCUCCGGAAGGCGUUGAGGCCAAGAAGUGGUAGAUGGGGAAAAUGGAGGACUAUGAUAGUGUGCAAAAGUAUGGAAGGAAAAGUUGUUGGAGCAUUAUAUCAUCCUGGGGAGUUUGGGAGUGGGUGUCUUGAUAUCGCACGGCUGGCGUUUUGGUUCUCAUGAAUGAGAGAAGUGACUACCUUAUUAAUCCUUUAGGCCCUUUAAAUGUUUCAUAAUAUUCUAAAAUCGAAAUGUUCUCACAAAUAGCGUAGAAUUGAUCAGUAAUACUUAUUUUUUAAUUCAUUGAAGAGAUAUCAUCGUACACUAU